AUGAAAGAUGAUUCUGAAUCCAUUGAUGAAUUCAUGGCAUUUGAUUUUGUGUUUCAAGUUGAGAGUGAUCAUGAAUAUGAUUAUGUUCCAAUGACCAAAGGAGAUUUUUGUAUGCUGAAUAAGAAGUUAGAUGAAAUUCUUUCUCAGGCUUCUACUUUCAUCAACACAAAGUAUGACGAAAUUCUCUCUUUUCAUCACGAAACAAUUCAGAAGUGCGUUAAAGAACAUGAUAAUAAGCUUUCACAAGAUCAGAAGCUUGUUGAUGAUUCUACUAAACUAGUCGAGGAAGCAAGUUUGCAAGUCUUAACCCUUCUCACUGAAAAUGAAAAAGAAGCUUUAUAUGGUCUUCUCUUUGGGCUACAAAAGGAUAAUGUUGAUCAUCAUACCUUAAUUGCCAAUUCCAUUCUCACUUUACAAACAAGUCAGGCUAAUGAAAACAAAAUCAUGGAUGCUUUGGCUAAAGCAACUACAAAGAUCCAAGUUCUUAAGGAACAAUUGAAAACAACGGCUUUGGAUCUUGGAAAAUCAAACGAAUAA